UCGAUCUAUCAAAGCUCUGCUACUCCUAUUUGGUUUUGGAUGCAGAGAGCAAAGAUGCAGUGGUCUGCUAUUAUGCUAACUUAUGGGUUUCCUCUUGCUAUUAUCGGUAUGGCACUCAAGUACGCAGAACUCAAACCAGUUCCUUGCUUGAGUUACGCAGAUGCGGUGAAGCUUAGGGAGAGCUCUGCUACUCCUAUUUUAACGCAGGUUAGAAAUGAUGUGACGAGAUACCGUAAUGGAGAUGAACAGCAUUUGGAAGAAGCACUGAAACGGAUCUUUCAGUAUGGACUGGGCGGAGGAAUCCCAAGACGUAGUGCACCUAUCUUAACGAUGAUAAAGGAAGAGGUGUAUUUCUCGUUUGCUUACUUGCAUUUGACAUGGACAUUGACCGACCGAUGAAACUUAACUUACCCGGAUCAUCUUGCUAACUCUUUGAACUUUAUAAGAUCAUAGCAUGAGUAUUUGAUACAUUGUUUGUUUAUCAGUGUCUGCGUUUGGUUUUAAAAG